AUGCUUUCGCCGGUCGGCCCUGCUGCUCGUGCGCGCGCGCGUGCUCGCGCUCGAGGGGUGGAGUCCCAGGGCCGGCCGGGGAAGCGGCUGGCUGACAGGCCGCCACGAGCGGCUUACUGCGCAUGCCCAGAGCGCGUGGUCACGUUGCCCCGUGAGCUCCAAUCAAGUGAGAGUUUCUCCACACGGAUUUGUAAGAUGGCGACUGCCGAACCGGUGAGCACUUUCUCGAGCAACUUCAACUCCCUCUUCGUGGAAACCAACCAAAGUCCAUCCCUGCCCAAAGAGGAUGGAAGUGACGAGGCAAAAGAGGAAAGCAACCCAAGUCCGUCCCUCCCUAAAGAGGAUGGAACUGAUGACGCAAAAGAGGCUGGUCAGGAAAUUGUGAGCCCAGAAGUCUACAUCAAACACCCUCUGCAAAACAGAUGGUCUCUAUGGUUCUUCAAGAUUGACAAGAACAAAACAUGGCAGGCCAACUUGAGACUCAUCUCCAAAUUUGACACAGUGGAAGACUUCUGGGCUCUGUACAACCAUAUCCAGUUAUCCAGCAAUCUCAUGUCAGGCUGCGAUUACUCCCUUUUUAAGGAUGGUAUUGAGCCCAUGUGGGAGGAUGAGAAGAACAAGCGGGGAGGACGCUGGUUGAUCACACUCAACAAGCAGCAGAGGAGAUUUGAUCUGGACCGCUUUUGGUUAGAAACUCUCUUGUGCUUAGUUGGAGAGGCCUUUGACGACUACAGCGAUGAAGUCUGUGGAGCUGUGGUCAACAUUCGCACUAAAGGGGAUAAAAUCGCUGUGUGGACAUCAGACUCUGAAAACCGUGACGCUAUCACGCAAAUAGGGAGAGUUUACAAGGAGCGAUUGGGGCUCCCCUUGAAGAUGACUAUUGGCUACCAAUCUCACUUUGACACAGCAACCAAAAGUGGCUCCACCACCAAGAACAAAUUUGUUGUUUGAGAAGCGCUUAUUGUGCUCCUUUUUCAACUCGUUGUCAUAUUUGUUGUCGGUGCGUAUGUUUACUCUGCUGCAAAGACUGCGGAAUGCAAUCCAAAUGUUUCCACGCGAUUCCGUUCACACUGCAGCUCGGGCAAUUCCUAAUUUUUCGCCCUGUGUCUGAACUGCUCGAUUGGGAUCUUCUCCUGAAUUUGAGAAAAUGAAAGGCUUUGAAGUGCGGAAAAUACUACGCUCAUAUUUGACUGCACUUUGAGCUUGCUUGAAAUAUCAACCAUAGAGUGGACAUUAGCGGCCACGUAAAUUCAUCGAUAAGCUCCCUGAUCGUCCCGGAAACGCGAUGGAAAAGACAUAAAGAACGUUUUCACCCAAAAAUCUGAAUUGAGCGUUAAGACCUGCAUUGUGAACGCAGCCUGAGACAGACAAGAAAAUUCUUUGGAAAUGUCUUCCGAAACACUCAACUCACGCUAUUAUAAAGUUGAUCUCAUCAAAAGACUUUUGAUUGCUAUCGUCUGUGAAGCGGACGCGGAGUUCUAUUCCAGAACGCCAGGCUCGUUCGGAAGGAAGGUUCUGAGGGACUGCUGCAGGAUUUUCUCGCUGCCGUCAGCACUCCCACCUGGUAGUCAGUCACUCGACAUUCACAGAACGGAAACACGGAACGGUGGCUGAUGACGCUGAAACAUCAUUUGGAAGUAACGCUGUGUUUGGACUUUAAUAGUCAGGUAUGAAAUCGGAGUAUGAACACUAACACCAAAUGGAAAUGAGUGAGUGAGGGCUUUGUGGAUUCUCUACGUAAAAGUAUAGAUCAAAUUCUUUUUUUUUUUAAUUGCAGUCAAUCGUGAAAUGCAACUGUCUAUUUUUCUGCCAUUUUCUACAGCAUGAUUUUUUUGCUGUAAUUGUGUAAGAAAUGAAAGCCUUUAAUUUAUUCUAUCUUGGAGAGUGUUCAAUUGGUAGAAGAGUUCCAUGCUUCUUUUUUGCUCUGGCUUGCAAUCUUCUUAGUCAAUACUUCAUGAUUGAUAUUCUUUCGAGUGUUAAUAUAAUUAAAAGAGGAAUUUUGCAA